AAACUCUUUUUCUUCUAAUAUAUUGAUGGGCAAUCCUUUUGCAUGUUUGCGAAAAAAAAAGUCAACCCGCAGGUUAUGUGUCCUUUUCCAGAUAUAGAAAUCAUAAUAUGGGGAUGUACUGAAGCAUCGCCUAGCUUUUUAAUCUAUGGAUGUGUUGUAUACUUGUAUAGAAACUCAACACAUGAUGGAUGUGUGCCACCAUGCUGAUGGCACAGUUGACUCGCAUUACAAAAUGCAGUUCAGUACAGUUUAAGGUCAGAUAAACGUAUCGUCAUAUACAACAGUAGAACUCUCCAAUCAGAUCAACCGCGGUGGACUUGGACCGCGAUGCUCGCCGUAGUGAUCAUCAUGCCACGAUAGAGAGUAAGGAGAUGGGUUGCCACCAGGUCGUCGUUACGGGAGUUCUUGUGCUGGUUUUGGCCGCCUCCGUCAGCGAUCGUGCAGCUGCGUGCGUCGAGGCCGAGAGGGAGGCGUUGCUGUCCUUCCUCGCCGAGGCCGCGCCGCCGGCAGGCGAUGGCAUCGUCGGCGAGUGGCAACGGUCGCCAGACUGCUGCACGUGGGACGGCGUGGGGUGCGGCGACGACGGCGAGAUCACGCGUCUGUCGCUGCCGGGGCGUGGGCUCGGCGGGACGAUCUCGCCGUCGAUCGGCAACCUCACCGCGCUCGUGUAUCUCAACCUAUCCGGCAACGACCUCUCCGGCCCUUUCCCCGACGUGCUGUUCUUCCUGCCCAAUGUCACCAUUGUUGACGUCAGCUACAACUGCAUCUCCGACGAGCUACCUGACAUGCUGCCGCCGGCGGCGGCGGACAUUGUCCAAGGUGGCCUCUCGCUUCAGGUGCUCGACGUGUCGAGCAAUCUCUUGGCGGGGCAGUUCCCGUCCGCGAUCUGGGAGCACACGCCGCGCCUCGUGUCGCUGAAUGCCAGCAACAACAGCUUUCGUGGCACGAUCCCGUCCUUGUGCGUGAGCUGCCCGGCGCUCGCCGUUCUUGACCUCUCCGUCAACAUGCUCACCGGGGCUAUCUCCCCCGGGUUCGGCAACUGCUCGCAGCUGCGCGUUCUCAGCGCCGGCCGCAACAACCUCACCGGCGAGCUCCCCGGCGACAUCUUCGACGUGAAGUCGCUGCAACAUCUCCAUCUCCCGUCUAAUCAGAUUGAAGGCCGGCUUGAUCAUCCGGAGUGCAUCGCGAAGCUGACCAAUCUUGUUACGCUUGAUCUGAGCUAUAAUCUGCUCGCCGGCGAACUGCCGGAGUCGAUCAGCCAGAUCACGAAGCUGGAAGAGGUCCGACUCAUUCAUAACAACCUCACCGGAAAACUCCCACCGGCAUUGAGCAACUGGACCAGCCUCCGGUGCAUCGACCUCCGGUCGAACAGGUUCACCGGCGACCUCACGGGCAUUGACUUCUCCGGCCUCGACAACCUCACCAUCUUCGACGUGGACUCCAACAACUUCACUGGCACCAUCCCGCCGAGCAUCUACUCCUGCACGGCGAUGAAGGCGCUGCGCGUCAGCCACAACCUCAUCGGCGGGCAAGUCGCGCCGGAGAUCAGCAACCUGAAAGAGCUCCAAUUCUUGUCGCUGACAAUCAACUCCUUCGUCAACAUCAGCGGCAUGUUCUGGAAUCUCAAGGGCUGCACGAGCCUCACCGCGCUGCUCGUGUCCUACAACUUCUACGGCGAGGCGCUGCCGGACGCCGGCUGGGUCGGCGACCACAUCAAGAGCGUCCGGGUGAUUGUGAUGGAGAACUGCGCGCUGACGGGCACGAUCCCGUCGUGGCUGUCGAAGCUGCAAGACCUCAACAUUCUGAAUCUCUCCGGCAAUCGCCUCACCGGGCCGAUCCCGAGCUGGCUCGGCGGCAUGUCGAAGCUGUACUACCUGGACCUGUCCGGCAACCUCCUGUCCGGGGAGAUACCGCCGUCGUUGAAGGAGAUACGGUUGCUGACGUCCGAGCAGGCCAUGGCAGAGUUCAAUCCAGGCCAUCUCCCGCUCAUGUUCUCCGUGAAGCCGGACAGGCGAGCCGCGGAUCGGCAGGGCCGCGGGUACUACCAGCUGUCGGGCGUUGCCGCAACGCUCAACUUGAGCGACAACGGCAUCACCGGCACGAUCUCGCCGGAAGUCGGGAAGCUGAAGACGCUCCAAGUGCUCGACGUCAGUUACAACAACCUCUCCGGCGGCAUCCCGCCGGAGCUGAGCAACCUCACCAAGCUGCAGAUUCUUGACUUGCGAUGGAACCACCUGACCGGGACGAUCCCUCCUUCGCUCAACGAGCUCAACUUCCUCGCCAUCUUCAACGUCGCGUACAACGACCUCGAGGGGCCGAUCCCGACCGGCGGCCAGUUCGACGCGUUCCCGCCAAGAAGCUUCAAGGGGAAUCCGAAGCUCUGUGGUCUGGUGAUUUCUGUCCCAUGUAGCAACAAAUUCGAGGCUAGGUACCAUACUUCGUCCAAGGUCGUGGGGAAGAAGGUCCUGAUCGCCAUCGUUCUUGGAGUUUCAUUUGGUCUGGUCAUUCUCAUCGUCUCCCUCGGAUGCCUUGUGAUUGCCGUCAGAAGAGUCAUGUCUAAUGGAGCGGUUCAUGAUGGCGGGAGAGGCGUGGGUGCCUCACUGUUCGACUCCAUGUCGUCGGAGCUGUACAAUGAUAAUGAUAGCUCCAAGGACACGAUCUUUUUCAUGUCGGAGGUCGCCGGCGAGGCGGCGAAGGCCGUGACGUUCGUCGACGUUCUGAAGGCGACCAACAACUUCAGCCCGGCGAACAUCAUCGGCUCGGGCGGGUACGGCCUGGUGUUCCUCGCCGAGAUGGAGGACGGCGCCCGGCUCGCCGUGAAGAAGCUGAACGGCGACAUGUGCCUGGUGGAGCGGGAGUUCCAGGCGGAGGUGGAGGCGCUGUCCGCGACGCGCCACGAGAACCUCGUCCCGCUCCUGGGCUUCUGCAUCCGCGGGCGGCUGCGGCUGCUGAUCUACCCGUACAUGGCGAACGGCAGCCUCGAGGACUGGCUGCACGAGCGCCACGCCGGUGGUGGCGCCCCGCAGCAGCUGGACUGGCGCGCCAGGCUCAACAUCGCGCGCGGCGCCAGCCGCGGCGUCCUCCACAUCCACGAGCGCUGCAAGCCCCACAUCGUGCACCGCGACAUCAAGUCGAGCAACAUCCUCCUCGACGAGGCCGGCGAGGCCCGCGUCGCCGACUUCGGGCUGGCGCGCCUCAUCCUCCCCGACCGGACGCACGUCACGACGGAGCUGGUCGGCACGCCGGGGUACAUCCCGCCGGAGUACGGCCAGGCGUGGGUGGCGACGCUGCGCGGCGACAUCUACAGCUUCGGCGUCGUGUUGCUGGAGCUGCUCACGGGGAGGCGGCCCGUGGAGACAUUGCCGCCGCCGCAGGGGCAGCAGUGGGAGCUCGUCCGGUGGGUGAUGCAGAUGCGGUCGCAAGGGAGGCACGCCGAGGUGCUCGACCCGCGGCUGAGGGGCAAUGGCGACGAGGCACAGAUGCUGAACAUGCUCGACCUCGCAUGCCUCUGCGUCGACUCGACGCCGUUCAGCCGGCCGGAGAUACAGGAUGUGGUCAGAUGGCUCGACAACGUCGACACCAUUGGCAGAGCAGACGUCUGAUCAGGCUCUCCGAAACGGGGCAUUCUGUUCGCUGCGCAGGUGUCACAAUGAAAUUAUUGACAGUAAUCUGAACACUGGAAAUCACGUGUUGCUGGAGGCCUGGAGCAGCGAGUUGCUUAACCAUCCUGUAGAAUGGCACUCUCAAAGUGUUCCAAAUUUCAGAUCCAGAAACUUCUGUGAGACUAAGCAGCUGGUACAUCUGUCUCGGCCCGUAAAACACGUCGGCCCAUUUCAGAUGGAUGCAGACAGGGGAGUUCUGGACUUCUGAGAAAUGCAAGAUCCUACCUCACUGGUGUGUAAGAUUCAUCUAAAUUACUACUUCA